AUGGAAUUCAAAGUCCUUUAAUAGUAACACAAUUUUCUUGAAAAAUUGGAUAUAUUUGGAAUAGGAAUAAAUAUUAGGUUUAAUAAAGAAGCUAAUCACAAAACUAAAAUUGGUGGAUUAGUAACUCUUUGUUUAAUUGGUAUUUUAACAUAUCAAAUUAAGCUAAUUAUUGAUUAACUUUAUGACUAUACUCAUCCUUAUGUUCUUUUUGAGUAGAAAUUUACUUCAGAACCAUCACGUUAUAACUUGACUUCAGACAAAUUCAUCUUAACUUUUGGCUUACAAAAUUCUACUUCUCAGCAUUAUAUUGAUCCUACAAUUUAUAAUGCUACUCUUUUGAUAAAAUAAACUAUAAAAACUAAAAAUGAAGCUACUGGGUUAUUCGUAGCUAGUACAACAAUAAGAACAGUAAAAACAGAGCCAUGCAGGAUAGAUCAUUUCAAUAUUCCUGAAGUUAAUAACUAUUUUAUUUCAUUAAGCUACAAAAAUAUGUAUUGUAUUAGUAAAGAAGAAACGGAUUUGUAUCUUUAAGGAUAAUUCGAUGCUCAGCACUAUUCAACUUUAGAGCUUAAAGUAACUUCUUGCUCAGGCAGCAAUUGCAACCCUAAUAUGAAUCAACUUCUUGAAUAUUGUAGGUUGGCUAUCUACUACGUAGAUUAUUCUGUUAUUCCUUCAGAUAAAUCAAAACCUUUCUAACCACUUGGAAGGCAAUCUUUUUGGAUCUCUGGACCAGAGUUUACAAAAUAAACAAAUAUUAAUUUUAGGAACACUUACUUGAAUUCUGAUUAUGGUUUAAUGGGAACUGAUAUAUAGACGACGAAUGCGUUGACACUAAGCGGUGAUAGAGAAUAGGUUUCGCCUAAAUCAGGAAAUCUCCUCUAUGAUUGUUAUAUUUCAUUUGAAAAAAAUGUAGAUAAUAUAUACAACAGAUCUUAUCAAAAGCUUGAUAAAUCACUAUCUUAGCUUGGUGGUAUAUUUAAUAUAUUUUUUACAGUGGGAGCUAUAAUUUGCAGGCCUUUAUCUCAAAUAGAAUUAGAUUUAAAGCUAAUAAAUAGAUUAUUUAAUUUUGAAGACCCAAAUGAUUAAUCAGAUAAGAAAAAAUAAGAUAAAAAAAGAAAUUCAAAAGACAGUGAAAAAAAAGAAGAAAUUUAUACCCAAGCAGCUGAUUAAAUUUUGAUUUCAAAAGAAGAUCAAUAAAAAACGUUAUUCAAAUAUGAAUUAUAGAAAUCAUUAAAUUAAAAGUCCUAAAUUUCUUCUGUGUAAAAAAGUGAAGGUGAUGAAUUAAAUGUUUUUUAAAGUAGACCUUUAUAUAAAUUAGAAAGACCAAAUCCAACAACAAUGAGAGAAACUUACAGAGAGAAAUUAAAAGCUUUAAAAAAAGGAGAAAAUAAAGAUAAUAACAAAAAGAGCAAGAAAGAUAUAUAAAAGGAGGCGAAUGAGCUUAAUAGCUUUUUUAGCUUUUCUAAAAAUAAAAUUUCAUUCUAAGGUUGGGAAUAUUAUGCGAAUUUCUUUAAAUUUUCAAAACUAUGUAAACGGAAAAGGUAUGAACUCCUUUAAAAAGGUGUAGAUAAAUUAUAUAAUUAAAUUGAUAUUUUUUACCUUGUUUAAAAGCUUCUAGAGGUUGAAAAAUUGAAGCGACUUUUACUUAACGAAAAUUAAAUUAAGUUAUUUGAAUUUAUUCCAAAACCUGUUUUAACUCUUGAUGAAUAAAAAUCAAAUAACCCAUCAGAUAAAAUUGGGUUACUUUAUGAAGAUGAAAAAGAUAUAAUGCAGAAAACAAGCGAAGUCUAAGAGGCUUUCUAGUAAAUAAUAAACUCAAAAACAAAACCUUCUAAAAUAGACAUAAGGAUUUUAGAGCUCUUAGAUCCUCAAUUCAAAUAAUUGCUUUCAGAUUUAGUCGAUAUAUAGGGUGAAUCAACUAACUUAAGGUAAACUCCUAUAUUAGAACCAUAAUAAAAGAGUAUCUUUGAAAAACAAGACUUUAUAUUAGAUGAUUUGUAAGUACCACUUGAGGAACAAAGUUAGGAAUAAAAACCAUAAUAUUUUAAUUUUACUCCAAGCAAAACACUGGGUAGUAUAUAUUCAAGUUAAAAAAAAGAAGGCUUACCUAACAUGUACCCAAUUUGA